GCGAGCAGACGCCUGGAGUGGAGCAAAGUCAGUCUGGGAAUCCGAACAGCCAACACAACUGCAGCAACGAGAGGCACAGGGACCACUUAGCGGUGUGGUACUUAUCAGAGCCCUUCGCAGGAAGAAGUAUCAGACUCCUAACAGGAGCUGGGGGUCAGAAAUUGCCAGAAUCUAAGUGUCAGCCAGCUUGCAGAAAGUUUGAAGAACCUGCAAUUUGCAAAUGGAACAAAAGGCUAGCCGGCGAGAGAGAGCCGACUGACUGAUAAUUGGAGCGCAUCCAAUAAAGCCCUGAUACACUCUGAGGCUAUCAGCUCAGGAGGGACAAUGUCAAGGUCCAGCUGCUGGGUGUUACUGCUGCUCUGGGUCUGUUUGCCAGAGCCCAGCCACCUAUCCCCACUAUUGAAAAGGACUACUGAAGAGCUGGAACACAAUGGAUCUACUGAUGGGAAGAUGUCUGUGCUGCACCGCUCCAAACGAGGCUGGAUGUGGAACCAAUUCUUUUUGCUUGAGGAGUACACAGGGUCAGAUCCCCAGUACGUGGGCAAGCUUCAUUCUGACGCUGACAAAGGAGAUGGCACCCUCAAGUACAUUCUUUCAGGUGACGGGGCUGGUACUGUGUUCACUAUCGAUGAAAACACAGGGGACAUUCAUGCGACAAAGAAAAUGGACCGGGAAGAAAGAUCUUUUUACGCGCUCCGGGCUCAGGCCAUUGAAAGGCGGACUGGUAGGCCUGUCGAGCCAGAAUCUGAGUUUAUUAUCAAAAUCCACGACAUCAAUGACAACGAGCCAAAGUUUUCUAAAGAAACUUAUAUCACUAACGUACCAGAAAUGUCAGACGUUGGUGCAUCUGUAAUGCAAGUUACAGCUUCAGAUGCUGAUGAUCCAACCUAUGGGUACAGUGCCAGAGUGGUGUACAAUUUACAGGGACAGCCCUACUUCUCAGUGGAAUCGGAUACAGGCAUUAUUCGAACAGCUUUGGCAAACAUGGACCGAGAAGCAAAAGAACAGUAUCAAGUGAUCAUCCAGGCAAAGGACAUGGGUGGACAGAUGGGGGGAUUAUCAGGGACAACGACUGUAAAUAUAACCCUCACUGAUGUCAAUGACAAUCCUCCUAGAUUUCCCCAAAGUACUUACCAACUAAGUGUGCAGGAGUCUGCCCUUGAGGGUGCUGUGGUUGGCAGAAUAAAGGCUUAUGAUGCAGACAUCGGGGAAAACGCAGAGGUGAAUUACCGCAUCAUCGAUGGUGAUGGGAUCAACAUGUUUAACAUCAGCACAGACAAGACCACACAGGAGGGUGUUGUUACUGUGAGAAAGGUACUAGAUUAUGAGAGCAAGAAGAGCUACAUCUUAAAGGUGGAAGCUGUGAACAGUCGUCUUGAUCCUCGAUUCCUGUAUCUGGGCCCCUACAAAGACACAGCCACUGUGAGAAUCACAGUGCAGGAUGUGAAUGAGCCUCCAAUGUUCAGCAGGCUCCUCUACAUAACAGAGGUGUAUGAAGACAUUGAUGUGGGGACUGUAAUAGGCGUAGUGACAGCACACGAUCCUGAUGCUGCCAGAAUCUCUGUUCGGUAUUCAAUAGAUCGGCAUACUGAUUUGGAUCGGUAUUUUAACAUAAACUCGACAACUGGAUCAAUUGUGUUGUUGAAAACACUUGACCGAGAAGAGAUGCCUUGGCACAAUAUUACAAUUAUAGCAACCGAGACAAACCUUCACAAGCAAAGCAGCCGUGCACCUGUUUACAUCAAGGUUUUGGACAUCAAUGACAACGCUCCUGAAUUUCCCAUGUUCUAUGAGACUUUUGUCUGUGAAAAUGCUGAGGCUGGCCAGUUGAUACAGACAGUCAGUGCUGUGGAUCAGGAUUCUCCCCCUAGCGGAUCCAAAUUUUUCUUCAGUUUGGCUCCAGAAGUCGUCCAUAACCCAAACUUCACAGUUCGGGACAAUGAAGACAACACAGCAGGAAUUCUGACCAAACGAACUGGAUUCAGCCGUCAGGAAAUGAGCACCUAUCUUCUGCCAAUUGUCAUUUCUGACAAAGAAUAUCCUAUUCAGAGCAGCACCAACACUCUUGUAAUUGGAGUGUGCGCUUGUGACCGCGAUGGCAAUAUGCAGUCUUGUAAUGCUGAAGCUAUAAUCCUUCCUGCUGGCCUCAGCACUGGAGCUCUUAUUGCCAUUCUGCUGUGCAUCAUUAUUCUCCUUGUUAUUGUAGUGCUCUUUGCUGCCAUGAGAAAGCAACGAAAGAAGGAGCCUCUCAUCAUUUCCAAAGAGGACAUUCGAGAUAACAUUGUCAGUUACAAUGAUGAAGGAGGUGGAGAGGAGGACACACAGGCCUUCGACAUUAGUACGCUGAGGAACCCUGAAGUGAUAGAAGACAGCCAGUUGCGCAGGGAUAUCAAGCCAGAGACUUUCCUUCUGCCACGACGGACCCCACCACUACAAGACAACACCGACGUCAAAGAUUUCAUUAACCAGAGGUUAAAGGAGAAUGAUGUCGAUCCCAGUGCACCUCCUUAUGACUCCCUAGCGACGUAUGCCUAUGAAGGAACUGGUUCCAUAGCUGAGUCACUCAGUUCCUUAGAAUCAGUUACCACAGAGACAGACCAGGAUUACGAUUACCUCAGUGAUUGGGGACCUCGGUUUAAAAAACUCGCAGACAUGUACGGAGGUGAAGACAGCGACAGGGACUCUUAGCAAGUAAAGUCGUGUCCUGAAAUCCAUCGGUCAGAAGGACUGAAUGUGUUCCAGUGUUAACACAUGGG